CAACAAUCGUGGCCCACCAACAACUUGACACACACACACACACACACCGGACACACCACCAGCACGCCCCUCUUUUGCAGCGUUGGAAUUGACUCCCUCCCGGGGAAAACACUCGGUUUUGGAUAGAAAGUACCUUCCAAGACCCGUGCAGCACGCUGUAUCCUUGCAGUGAUCUGGCAAUGGCGUCUUCCAAGGAAAUACAACAAACAUCGCGGCCGCUGUCGCACCGUCCUUCAAUCUCGUCCACCUCGGUUCCGGGCGGGCUGACGCUUAGCCGACAAUCCCACUCGCGAAAUAACUCACACUCCCUCCUCGGAAGCGCCCUCAAUGGAUCGCACCGCAUCACACGCCGCAAGAGCAUGACAAACACGGGCGCGAACGUGGCAGCCGUGGCCGCGGCUCUACAGGAGUCCGGUGACAUGGCCAUGCCACUCCCCAUCUCCGUCAAUUCCCGCCGAAACACCAUCUCCAAGAGCGGCCUCUCGCGAUCCGCGAUCGUGGGAAGCCUCCCGUCCCCGCCGGCCAGCCUCCCCACCCACAGAUUCGCAGGAGGACAUGGAGCGGCCAACGGGCAGGAGAGCGCAAUUGACGACGAGCUGAACGACAUGUCCGGGGACGAUGCCGAAUCCACCUUCCGCAAGGCGCGCGUUAGAAGAGCCAGCGAUGGCCAACCCCUGGUCAAGGAAGGUGGCCGGAAGAGCAACCGCCCGGAACUUCGCUGCGAGAAGUGCGGGAAGGGAUACAAGCAUAGCAGCUGCUUGAACAAGCAUUUGUGGGAGCACACUCCCGAAUGGUCCUACACUUCCAAGCUCUUGAUCUCCAAGCAUCAGCAAGUCCAGCUUCUAGAGGCCGCCUCUGUCCUGGUGGCCAUGAACAACAGCGCCGGCAACAACCCCGCCGCUGCCCCCGCAAACACGACACCUCCAGACUCUGCCCGGGACUUUAGCAGCGACCGGGAUUCUGCAUCCCCGGCCGCAAGCGGCUACUCGGAGCAGCCAGAUCGGGGAUCGGCCGAUACGACACCCCCGCCGCAGUUGGAUGCCAUCCAUCCCGCGAACGCGUCUUACAAUGGCUUUGGGAAGAGGAACUGCAUCGGGAACGGCUUGUCCCGGUCAUACCAGACCGGGCCGUACGCAAGCUCCGCGGCCGGCAGCUUGCCUCGCGGCUCGGGCUUUGGGCACUUUCGGCAGCUCAGCCAGGAUCAGCGGCCCACGUCCUCGGGCAGGAACGCCACGGGACAGGAUGAUCGCGAGCUCGCAGCGGCGGUGGAGCUUCUCAGCUGCAGCUUCAACAGCAACGGGGGCUCGCGGACGGCCCAGGUUCCCCCCGAUGCGCCGCCGGUGCCGCCGCUUCCGGCACAGUACUUGGAUCAGGAUAUCUUGUCGGGCACGAGCUUCAUCAACAGCUUCCCUAGUAGGGCGCCCGAGAGCUUUACGCGCGGCGAGAUCCGACGAACCGAUCGAGCCGACACCAAGAUGGAGGAGAGCGGCGAGAGCGUCAUGGGCGACGAUGAUGAGGACAUGCGGUCCCGGGCCCGGAGCGACGAGGAUGACGACGGUGUCUUUGGGAGAAUGGAGGAAUGA